UUCAUAAUUUAUGAACCCAUAAUGUUUCUGUGAAGCUAUAACUAUCUGAAGUUGUGACAUGUAAUUAAUAACCAGGAAAUAAACUGCUGUUUCCAUAACAACUGCUAUAGAAAUGUGUUUUUUCUUUCCUUCCUGUCUGAGGUUAUGAUGAAGAGCCAGGUAGCGCUCCUUUAUGUCCUGAUCAUUAUGAGUGAAGGAUCAGCCCAAAGCCUGAAACCCCGUCGGAGCGUUUCCUUCUCAGAUGUUAACCUGAAGCUGUUUAAGGAGCCUGACUUUGACGGUUUGAGCUCCAUGCUGGUGAGAGAAGACAUCGGUCUGCUCUUCAUCGGAGCCAGAGGAAAGGUCAUCACGCUCAGUUUGGAUGACAUCACUGAGAAGACCGGCGAGGUAGGAACUGGGUCUGGGUGGUGAAACUUCAAUGAAAUU